GGUUGCAUUUCCCUUUCGGAUACGCCAAGUACCCGACGUUACAGCGCACCUUGUGUAUAAUAGAGAAUCAUGAGCACUGUGGAGGAGGAGCCGGAUCACAUGAUACCAUGAAGACAAGCCUGCAGGUCCUGCGCUGCCAGCUGCUGAGUGUUCUAGCAUUCCUAGCACUGCCAGCAGGACUGUUGUCAUCAGCACAGGAGCCGCACCUCAUCCAGACGUCCCAGGACUCUGUCUCCAUGGCAGCCGCCCACAGCAGCCCUCUGUCUGCCCCCAAAUCCUCCCAGCUGGACUUGCAUCUGGAAGGCUCCGGUAGUGGGGAAUGGUCGUCCACAGGAGGCACUCAACCCUCAGAUAUCAUCCUUCCUACUGUUACGCUCCACCCUUUGGCCUGGCUUCAUCUCACCCAAACCCAAACCCCAACCUCCAGCCUGGCUCAUGAAAAACCUCCCAUUCAUGACACAGAUACUGUCACCCCAAACACUGUGAGCGCCACGCCAGAUCACGUGACCGAAAGCCGCGUGAAUCAGCCCCAGGAGCCGAGCUCUGAUAUUGUAAACCGAGGUCACAUGCACAAAUUGGUUAAGGUACCUCAAGUCUUUAACCCAGUUACUGUCAGCACUAACCAGGCCAACAGCAGCAGCAGCCCUAAAUCUCCCAGCAUAGAUGUCCCAAAUAUAGAUGUGGAGUCUGCUGCUAGAGGGGCUUCAAACCCCGUGGCUCUUAUGGCCAACUCUGGGUCAGACAGAGGAGACACACUGGGUCCUGAGCUCUCUGCACAUAGUGUCCUGUCUCCAAAGUUGAGUGAGGAGGAACCCACCGACCCAAGCCAGCCCUCCCUCUCCUCUUCCUCAGUGGAUGGCUUAAAUCUCAGGAAGCAGGCUCAGGGUGUCCCAGAGAUGGCUGUACACCACACCAUCACCCUGAGGGAAGUGCAUCUAAAUGCAGAGACCCCAACUGAACCGCUGGGGACAGAGUCAACGUCUGUCUCUCCUGUCAAGAGUCCGCCAGAGAAUCCACCUUCCACUAUGUCAACCCCAGCCCAGCCCUCAGAGACCACCACCAACACACUGAAUUCUACAAUCAUCCAAAACAACCACACUGUAGCCGAUGAGACCACCACCAAGGACAGUCAGGGUGUUCCUCUCACCUCACUUCAAGGUCUUGGCACAGACAAUGUUACCCAACCAGGGAGCGUAACCCCAUCUAAAGGAUUGCUCCCUACCAGCAGCACAGCCAAGGAGGGGAACAGCUCAGAGUCCCCUUCAACGGCCAGCAAGAACUUCUUGAACAGGCAGGUUCCCGCCACCACCGAAGAUCCCUCGACAGUCGGGAACAGCUCGGGCUCCACCAUCGACUCUCCCGUGUCCCGUAUGACCAUCUGCUUGAGCAGGAUGGAUAUCGUGUGGAUCGUGUUGGCCAUCAGUGUGCUCGUGUCUUCAUGUUCCAUACUGUUGACUGUGUGCUGUAUGAGGAGGAAGAAGAAGUCGUCAAGUCAAGAGAACAACCUCAGCUACUGGAACAACGCCAUCACCAUGGACUACUUCAGCAGGCACGCUGUGGAGCUGCCCAGAGAGAUACACACUCUGGAGAGUGAGGAGCAGGACACCUGUCUACCGCCUAACGGAGACUACAGCGGCAGCAGCGUGGUCCUGGUUAACCCUUUCUGCCAGGAGACCCUCUUCAUCAACAGAGACAAAUCUUCUGCCAUCUAGAGACAACAACUAAAAAAGAGAGACGCUGUUGGACCCGAACUGUCGAAAAUAACUGCAUUCUCCUCUUCUUGCUCCCCCUGCUGUUGUUGUCUAUUUUAUAUAUGUGGUAAAUAUCCAGAGACUUUGACUUUAUACUGUAUAUUACAAACACAAAGAGCAAGCAGAAAGAAGAGUGACAUAAACAGACACUAUUUACUAUGAGGAUGCACCUGCAUAUUUUUCUGAUGUACAUUUUCUACAAAAGGCUUAAUUGUGAUAAAGGUUUUUAUGUCUUUAUAAAAAGAAAAAAUACA